CCCUUUUUUUUUUUUUAAUUUUAAUUUUUCCUGCUGCAUAAAAAAUUAUGGACUUGGAUAAAGAUACUUUUCAUGUUGUUAUUCGACUUCCAUAUAAGCGCCCACCAGGAUUUGUUGAGCCACCUUCUAUUGUAUGGACAAAUGAGAUGGAGCAUAAACUAUGGCAAUACAUGAGCCAAAAGAAUACAGAUUGGAAUGAGAUUGCAGAACAACUAGGUGUGCCUACUUCUUAUAUUGUUCGACAUGCAGCCUUUAUCUAUGAGACACAGUUGCGUGGGAUUCAUCAACAACUGAGAUUAAACACUACAGCAAAUAGCAUAAGCAGAAAUAGUCCUACACCAAGACCAUCUCGGCCAGUAUCAACAAGGUAUUCAAAUCAACAAGAAGAGAGAUCACCUAUGAUAGACUCCAAUGUCUCAUUUCGUACUAUACCAGAAAGAUCAAAGGAAACAUUGAAAAGCAGUGGAUCCACGGCUACAGCAAGAAAUUUCAUGAGUCAAGAGCAAGAAGAACCAGUGGCAGAGGAAGAAGAAAAGCAAGAUGAAGAAGUGUUCAGUAGUCAUUUUGAAAGAAUGAAAUUACAAGUAGAAGAACCUGCUUUUUUACCACAUAAACAUCACCCAACAGACCUAAGCAACAGUCGACAACAGUUGUCUAUCUCAAUUCAAAAUCUAAAGAAACUAGAUUCUUCGUUCAGUAACAGCAGUGCACCACCAUCACCUGCUACAGCGCAGCCCUCCACUGCUUCUGGAUCCAAUCAUGAGAGUGUCAUUCAUUCUAUUGGUUCAUCCUUUAGCGAUUUAUCAGACUCUUCAGUCACACAGUCUGCUUUAGAAGAAGCCUUUUUAUCCAAAUUCAAUCAAGGUGGAUCCAAAAUGUCAUUACUCAACUUUUCACGUAAAUAUUACAAGGAAUAAAUGAAUUGAUU